AUGAUGUCGAGAUCGUACACGAAUUUACUGGACCUGGCCAAGGGGAAUUUUCAGAACAUCAAUCCUGAGAGGAAGGGAUUGUCGAGGGUUAUGAGCGUUCCUGGCAAGUUCUCGGACAUGGAAGACGACGAUGAGCCCGCUUCCUCUGACAAUCCCUCCACAUUGUCUGUGGACAGGAUGAUCAUCGUCUCGAACCAGCUCCCCGUGAAGGCUGUCAGGAAUCCUGAUGACCAAGGCUGGAGUUUCGCCUGGAACGAGGAUUCCCUGGUUCUGCAGCUCAAGGAUGGUUUCUCUGAAGACAUGGAGGUUUUCUAUGUCGGUUCUUUGAAUGUCGAAGUCGAUUCCAAGGACCAGGAUGAAGUGUCUCAGGUUCUGCUAGACAGGUUCAAGUGUGUGCCGACAUUCCUCCCGCGCGACAUUUACACCAAGUUCUAUGAUGGUUUCUGCAAGAAGCAGCUCUGGCCACUCUUCCAUUACAUGCUGCCUCCUGUUGAGGAAGGCAGCAGAUUCGACAGGUCCUUGUGGGAGGCUUACGUAGCAGCAAACAGGUUGUUCUCACAGAAAGUGGUUGAGAUUCUCAACCCAGAAGAUGAUUUCAUCUGGAUUCACGAUUACCAUCUGAUGGUGCUGCCAACUUACUUGAGGAGGCGGUUUAACAGAAUCCGGAUGGGUUUUUUCCUUCACAGCCCGUUCCCUUCGUCUGAGAUCUACAGGACCCUUCCUGUGAGGGAAGAGAUACUCAAGGCAUUGCUCAAUACCGAUCUAAUUGGGUUCCAUACUUUUGAUUAUGCUCGACAUUUUCUUUCCUGUUGCUGUCGGAUGCUGGGUCUCGAGUAUCAGUCCAAGAGGGGAUACCUUGCACUGGAAUAUUAUGGAAGGACCAUUGGUAUCAAGAUUAUGCCAGUUGGGGUUCAUAUGGGUCGAAUUCUUUCGGUAAUGAAACAAACUGAUAAGGAGUCUUGGAUUUCUGAGCUGAAAAAGCGGUACCAAGGUAAAACUGUGUUGCUUGGUGUGGAUGAUAUGGAUGUCUUCAAAGGGAUCAAUCUGAAACUGUUGGCUAUGGAGCAGAUGCUCAGGCAGCACCCUAUCUGGCAGGGAAAGGCUGUGUUGGUUCAAAUAGUAAACCCUGCAAGAGGCAACGGGAUUGAUUUGGAGGAUAUAAGAACUGAAAUACAAGAUAGCUGCAAGAGGAUCAAUGGCCUAUUUCGAAUGCCUGGCUAUGAACCAAUAGUGAUUGUUGAUACUCCAAUCUCAGUGGGCGAGCGAGUUGCUUACCACAGCAUUGCUGAAUGUGUCGUUGUUACAGCAGUGAGAGAUGGCAUGAAUCUCACACCGUAUGAGUACAUAGUCUGUAGACAAGGCAGUGAUACAUGUACAAACUUCCAUGGGUUGAAGAAGAGCAUGUUAGUGAUAUCAGAGUUCAUCGGUUGUUCUCCAUCGUUGAGCGGUGCAAUUCGUAUCAACCCUUGGAACGUCGAGGCAACAGGCGAGGCAAUGAACCAAGCAAUUUCAACUUCCGACUCCGAACAACAGUUGCGACAUGAAAAGCAUUAUCGGUACAUCAGCACUCAUGAUGUUGCUUAUUGGUCGAGGAGUUUCUUGCAUGACCUGAAGAGAAAUUGUGCUGAUCAUAACAGAAAAAUGUGCUGGGGGAUAGGAUUUGGGUUUGGUUUCAGAGUGAUGGCUCUUGAUCCCAAUUUCAGAAAGCUGUCUGGAGCUGUUAUUGUUUCGGCAUACAAGAUGGCAAAGAGUAGAGCAAUACUGUUGGACUAUGAUGGUACUGUGAUGCAUCAAAACGCCAUCAACAAAUCGCCGACUCAGGAAGUGAUCUCCAUCCUCAACAGACUCUGCGAUGACCCAAACAACACAGUUUUCAUUGUCAGCGGCCGAGGGAGGGACAGCUUGGCUGAGUGGUUUUCUCCUUGUAAGAAGCUUGGUAUUGCUGCCGAACACGGCUACUUCCUGAGGUGGACGCAAGAUGGAGGAUGGCAAACCUGCGUACAGAGCAGUGAAUUCGGGUGGAUGCAGAUUGCUAGGCCUGUGAUGAAGUUGUAUACAGAAGCUACAGAUGGGUCUUCCAUUGAGACCAAGGAAAGUGCUCUGGUCUGGCAAUACCGGGAUUCAGACCCUCGAUUUGGAUCAGCUCAGGCGAAGGAGCUGCUCGACCAUCUGGAGAGUGUCUUGGCCAAUGAACCUGUCGCUGUAAAGAGUGGUCAGUUCAUUGUAGAAGUGAAGCCUCAGGAAGUCAGCAAGGGGAUAGUUGCAGAUAAAAUUUUCACGGCUCUGUCGGGAAAGGGGAAAAAGGCUGACUUCGUUCUGUGCAUUGGAGACGAUAGAUCAGAUGAAGACAUGUUUGAAGCAAUUGGGAAUGCACUGGCAGGGAAAGUUCUCGCCUCAAAUGCCUCAGUUUUUGCUUGCACGGUUGAACAGAAACCCAGCAAAGCCAAAUACUAUCUGGAUGACAUAGCUGAAGUUGUUAGCACCCUUGAAUCUCUUGCUGAUGUCUCCACUACUCUCCAGUAGACACACCCACCCACCAUUUUCCUCUCAUCCCGAGAACCACACUGGGACUUCAUAGCAAAGCUUUGUGGGACGGAAUUUUUACUCUUUCUGAGUUUUGUCAGGUUACUUCUGAACUAGAAUGAAUUAGCAUUUGAAGAUAGUAGAUAGAGAGAGAGAGGGAGAGAGAUCUCUUGGCAUUGUUACCCCCUUUUUCUGUUUUCCUUUCUUACGUUCAUUUAGCAGUUUGUGUCGAUUCUUCUUUUCCCAGAAGAGAUUUUCAGAAAGAAUUACGUGUAUAGUUGGACAAUUCAUAACCUUAAGAUGAUAUUUAUUUUUAUCCCCUUUUCUGAAGUGU